GUUGUCGGUGCCGCUGCUCUAACUAUCGCCAUCGCGCUGGAGUCGGCUAUGGCUAUGCCCCAGUUCCUGCAGGAACUUCCCAACGGCAGCUUGUUCAAGCAGGAUCUCGGUCACCCUGGUGACGACAGCUCCCAGCUGACAGACUUUGCCGAGGACUUCGAUAGCGCUGGGCAGUCGUGGACCAAGAGUUUUCUGUGUGAGGCGAAGUUCCCCGGCUCGAGCAUGACCAACGGUGCCGCCUUUGGCGACCCGUGCUGCACGUGGAAGAAGGGCGGCAAGCCCGACUUCACGGUGACGGCCUUCACGACCACGCCGGGCAAGGCCACCACGUGCGCUGCGAAGGGUGGAGCUAGCUCGACUUCGUCCGCUGCUGGCACCUCUUCUGGCGCCGAUGACGCGACCAAGGGCGCGUCCGAUGCCACCAAGGGC